GCUGGGUUCCCCGGUACGUGUCGGGGGCGGGGUUCCCGGGCGCCCUCGCAGCAUGGCCGCCGCGUUAGCGUCUUGGGGUCCGGAGAGCCGAUCCCGGGCCGGGGGUGUCGGGGGGCUGCGGGCCCCAGCUCCGGUCACCAUGGACAGUUUUUUCUUCGGCUGCGAGCUUUCCGGCCACACCCGCUCUUUCACCUUCAAGGUAGAGGAAGAGGAUGAUGCGGAGCACGUGCUGGCUUUGACCAUGCUCUGCCUCACCGAGGGGGCCAAAGAUGAGUGUAAUGUGGUAGAAGUUGUGGCCCGUAGUCAUGACCACCAGGAGAUUGCAGUCCCCGUGGCCAACCUCAGGCUGUCCUGCCAGCCCAUGCUCAGUUUGGAUGACUUCCAGCUUCAACCUCCUGUCACCUUCCGCCUGAAGUCAGGUUCUGGUCCUGUGCGGAUCACUGGGCGGCACCAGAUUGUUACUGUAAGCAGUGUUUCUGAGGAUGAAGAGAGCGAAGAAGAGGGGAGUGAGGAGAAUGAGGAAGCUGAAUUGUGCCCCAUUCUGCCUGCUAAGAAACAGAGGGGCAGGCCCUAGCCCUCCUUGGUCAGCUAGCUGCCUGCCAUACAUGCCAUACACCACGUUGCUGUACACGUAUCAAGAAUUUUAAAUGUCUUCUUCAUUGAAGAGGGGGGUUGGGAUGGGGUCUUGGGCUGGUGCUAGGAGAAAGGGGGUCCCAUUCUCCAUAGGGUCCUGAUGUUCUAAUUCUGUACCAUGCCUGGGGCUUCCCUUUCUCCAGGAGUGGAACUCUGAACUGUCCUGACCCUCUCUCCCUACUGCCUUUGAGGUUGGAGGUCAGCAUUUGAAGCUCAGGACUACAUAUUUUAAACACUUUUUACAUUUUUGGAUAAAGGAUUAAAUAAAGUGGUGUAGAGUUUUUUUGCAA